UAAAAAGAUAAAUCACAAUCUUAUAUAAAUUGUACCCUCACACUCACACAUUCAAUAUUAUUGACAAAAAAAAAAUAUUACACAUACAGAAAUAAAGGUUAUAUACUAUAUAGUUGUCACUUUCCAUAUCACCAUAUCUAUUAUAACACCACCACCUCCCAUUCAUCAAUCCUUUAAGUUUUCUUUCAUUUCCUCUAAACUCUCAACCAUCAUUUGUUGUUGUGCAAUUCAGUAUGAAUUAACAAACAACAUAUAAUAAUUAACAACCACAUGACGAAGCUUUUUAGAUCCAAAUCUUACGCCGGAACUCCACCGCCCACCGCCGCCUUCUUUCACCAACCGUCUUUCUCCGGCGCCGGAGACGUUGACGUUGACUCUUUUUAUCAAGAUUAUUCAUACUUUCACGACAACCCAAUUAUCACCCCCUUCAUUAGCCCAGACCAUGAGCCUCAGUCCAAUAACUAUACGGUUUUAGCUCUCUUAUUGGCUACACUUCGUAAGUCUAUUGUCACGUGCACUGUUGAUGAUUCCGAUGAUGGUUCUUCCGACACUUCAUCGUUGGAUAUUGGUCUUCCUACUGAUGUUCAACAUGUGUCUCAUGUGACGUUUGAUCGGUUUGAUGGGUUUCUUGGUUUGCCGGUUGAACUUCAACCCGAAGUACCCCCUAAACCCCCUAGUGCAAGUAUACGCGUGUUUGGAGUGUCUGUGGAGUCGAUGCAAUGUUCUUAUGACGAGAGAGGGAAUAGCGUGCCGACAAUACUUUUAAUGAUGCAAAAGCGGUUAUAUGCUGGAGGCGGCCUUCAAGCAGAAGGAAUAUUUAGAAUAAAUGCUGAAAACAGCCAAGAAGAAGAUGUUAGGAAGCAGCUUAAUAAAGGGUUUGUCCCACAUGGGAUAGAUGUUCAUUGUUUAGCUGGAUUGAUUAAGGCAUGGUUUAGAGAACUACCUACGGGUGUUCUUGAUUCGUUAACACCCGAGCAAGUAAUGCACUGCAACACAGAAGAAGAAUGCACCACACUUGUGAAAUCUCUUCCUCAAACAGAGGCUGCACUUCUUGAUUGGGCUAUUAAUUUGAUGGCAGAUGUUGUAAAACACGAACCACGAAACAAAAUGAACGCACGCAACAUUGCUAUGGUUUUUGCCCCGAACAUGACUCAGAUGGCGGAUCCUUUGACUGCGUUGAUUCAUGCAGUUCAAGUGAUGAACUUUCUCAAAACACUUGUAAUCAAAACCCUACGAGGAAGAGAAGAAUCGUUUCAAAUGAUUUCUUCAUGUGAAGAUGAUACCAAAAUAGAGCAACCUGAAUCUUUAAACAGAAUAGGAAGUGAAAAGGAUGAGAAAUUUUGGAGUUUUCCAAGAAAAAGCGGAUCAGUUGUAGAAUGUGAAUACAUAUCCGCGAAGAAUUCACCGGUCUACCACCAGUCAAAACAGGAGGAGGAGGUGGUGGCGGAGGAGGGGAUAUUGGAAAAGUUGAGUUUGAAGAAAGGAGUGAGGAGACUAUGCAGACAUCCUGUUUUCCAGUUGAGUAAAAAUGGUAAGAAGAACCGGAGCGCUGCUGUAGAUACUUAACUAGAGGGUGGUUAUUUUAUAACUUUUUUUCUGUGUUUUAUAUUAGUUUUGUUAUGUGAGAUCGGCGAGUGCUUGUUAGUUAUAGCAUUUGCAGAUCGUGAUUAAGUUUAGCUUGGUUUGGUUUGGUUUGGUUUGAUUUCGUUAAUAAUGUUAGUCUGAGAGUCUUGUAAUGUUUUGUUUGUACCAAGUACUAACCAUACAAUGUAGCCAAUGAUUGUAUAUCGUAUCAUACUACUACUACAACCACUA